CUAAAACAUACACACGCACCACAUCGCAUCAUAUCAGCCACUGAAGAAGAGGGGUACCGGUUCUUAGGUCUACAAUGAACUGGACUGAUUUACUGAUAACUACGUUCAUGUUUCUCAAUGUCGCAUUUGACAAGGCGGAUGCAGCUCUCUCAUUCAAAGAUCAGUGUGUGAAGUGGCAUAAUGAAUAUCGCAGUAGGCACCAGGUCGGCCCUUUAGUCUGGAGCGACAACCUCGCGCAAGGUGCGCAAUCCUGGGCGGACUAUCUGGCAGAAAACAAUCUGUUUCAACACGCAGCAAACAGCCCGGUGGGAGAGAACCUAUAUUUGUCCUCUCGCAAGCCUAUGGAACCCUGUACCUCUGCAACGAAAGCUUUCUACGAUGAGGUCAAAUAUUAUGACUAUAACAACCCAGGAUUUUCUCUAAGGACAGGUCACUUCACUCAGGUUGUGUGGAAAAACACAAAACAGAUAGGAGCAGCAUAUGCCACCAGAAAGGAUGGCAGAUUCGUUUUGGUGAUUAGAUAUUCUCCUCCUGGAAAUUAUCGUUUCCAGUUUAGCCAGAACGUUUUACCAAUCAAAGAAGAAACAAAAACCACUACCCCUACUCACACAGAAGCAAGUGCAACGUCGACAGCCCCUGCCUCUCCCGGUGGGGGAGUAUCGGGUCGGAUAUGUUGCUCUUUUGCAAACAAAGUUCUUUUGAUAGUUCCCGCGAUCAUAGUUGUCAAAAUUGGCUUCUGAUAGUAAAGUAGAAAAUGGGAAUCCUUUCAUUUACGAUGUCGAAUAAAUUUCAUGCGUUUUAGGUCGUUUAAGUCCUGUUUCGAAGUGAAAGUAUUACAUCUUGAAGACGACAACCCAUAAAAAAAAAUUGUGUUAAAAAAUUAGCGUACCUCAAAAUGGAAACGGUCUAGAUAAGGAAAAAACCCAAAGAGCCAAGACUGAAUCAAAGACAACCGAUGAUGAGUUACGAUGGAAAAGAUUAAGGCGGAUCACGUAUGACGAACUUUGGGUUUAGUUUUUGUAGACGAAUAACUUCGUCGUCCAGUGUUUACAGC